GUGGCGAUUUGAUGUUGAUGCGAGGGACGCAGCACUGAAUCGCUCACGGAGCUGAAGCCGCGCCAUAUCAGAGAGAGAGAGAGAGAGAGAGUGGCAGAUCGUGGCAGUGUGAGCGACAGAGGGAGUUGGGGAACCAGGUGUGGAGGAAGGCGAGUCAGGAAGCUAUGUCGGACCGGGGAGGACACAAUCUGCCGUCGUCUUUUAAGAAAGUGCUCGUCAAAUGCUCUCCGGCGAUGAGAGCAUAUGGGCAGUGUGUGGCAAGUAAGGUGCCGGCAGUGGAGCGAGGGAUGUGUUCGAGAGAGUUCAUGAGCUUGAAAUUGUGUGUUCAGAAAGCGAUUGUAUCGAAGGCUUGAUUCCUCCCAGCACUUAAUCCGGGCCUUGUAACCCGGAAGAAUGGGGAAGUACCAAGCUUCUUCAAGCUCUUCUAGUGGAAACGGCCUCAGUGGAUUGGGUUCUCUUUCUCAUGCAUAUAUUCAGUAUCCUCCACUUCGAUGUGAUAUUCCUGGAGCUGCAGGAGUGAUGUAUGAUGACGGGAAUAAGCUUCUUUUAGUUCCAUCCCCGAGCAAGGUUUAUUCCUGGCCCGUCAAUCAACAACCUUCUGAUGAUCGUCCUACCAUUACACCUAUUAAGGAGGGACCUGUGUUGGGUGUGCGAUUUUCGUUAGAUGGAAAGAUAUUGGCAGUCCAACGAUCACAUCAUGAGGUUGAGUUUAUCAAUAAAGAGACGGGUAUGGUGUUCCGUCAGCAGUGCAAGCCGGGAACAGAACGGAUAUUGGGUUUGUUUUGGACUGACUGUCCAACGUGUGAUUUGGUCCUUGUUACCAGCAGUGGGCUGGAACUCUACUCUUUAUAUCUUGGUAGGAAUGGGCUGAAGCUGCUCGAAGCGAAACGGUCAAAUGUAAGCUGGUAUGUUUACACUCACGAGAGCCGGCUGGUUCUUCUUGCGUCAGGGAUGCAAUGCAAGACACUUUCAGGCUACCAGUUUUCAGCAGGUGGGAUCGUUCGAUUGCCUAAAUUUGAUGUACUGAUGACAAAGGCUGAAGUCAAUCGCAAGCCUGUCCUAGCGCCUGAAGAUAUUCGAAUUGCAACCAUGUAUGGAAGGCUCUAUUGUUUACAAGUGGACAGGGUUGCUAUGCAGCUCAAUUUAUAUCGAUUUUACCGGGACGCUGUUGUGCCACAGGAACUUAUGCGUACAUGGCCGGCCCUGCUUCUUAUUUAUUGCCUGGGUAGUUAUGUUUCGUGUUGCAUGGAGACGCUCAGUCUGCAGCAAGAGGGAUGUUUACCUAUAUAUUCUCGAAAUGUCGCCCUUAGUGUUGUUGACAACGUACUCUUGAUACAUGAAAUCGAUUCGAAGGUAGUGCUGCUUUACGAUAUCCUGUCUGAGCCCAAGAGUACGAUAUCUGCUCCCCUGCCGCUUCUUUUGCGCGGUGCCCCGCUGCAUGGUUCUUCAAGUCGAGGUUUCGAAACUGCCAACACUUCAGGAAAUACUUCUUCAGAGCCUGACCUGUUAGGAAAUCUGACCUCUGCUGAAGAUCAAAUUUAUGACAAAGGUUGGGUGUUUGUCAACCCUGACAUUGUGCUGGACCACGUCCAUGGUCUCCUGUGGAAAAUCCGACUGGACUUGGAGGCUAUUGCUGCGAGUUCCUCAGACAUACCGUCGCUGCUGAGCUUUCUGCAACGGCGGCGCCAUGAAGCAAGCAAGGCGAAGAUGUUGUCGAUAGAAGUUAUACGCUCCAUGAUCAUCGAAAGGCAACCGUUACCGCUCAUAGCAAGUGCCAUGGACGUACUCACCUCUUCCUAUGUCCGCCUUUCAAAACCGCUCAAUGCUUACGAUAGGACUGCAUCCGAGAGGGUCGCUCAGACCGUCCCAAGGCCUUCAACUCAUCAUCAAGGAUCACAAGGAUCACAAGUAUCUAGUGCUCCUGUAAGGCGGGGACCUGAUGAUGAUGUUGUGUCUCGAGUUGUUGAGGGGUUUGUGGAGAAUGGAAAAGACGUGUCAACAACAGCUCAUGGUGAUGAGGAACCCAGUACCUCACGAUGGACGCAAGGUAGCUCAGAUCAAGAUGAUCAGGAUUCGGAUUACGUAAGUUCAAGAGUGGAUGAACCGUGCGCAAAUACACCUGCCGCAGAUGGGUUCAAACACACCAACUUGAGAGACAUUUCUAAAAUGCCAUCGAGGAGGCCUAGUACAGGGGAGAUUGAGUCUUCAAGUUCAACAUAUCAAGCUAAUAAUCCCCCUAUGGCACGAGAGAGUGGCAGACAGGUUCGACAACAGUCACAGAAAGAAAUUUCUGUUGUUGAUCCUCUUGCUGCCAUGAGAGAUGCCACUUCUCCACUGAUUUCACCGGAGGAGAUGCAACAAAAUGUCUUCAAUGUCAUAGAAGAAGAAAUGACUGUGGAUUCUACCUUUUUGGUGGCUGCUAUCCUUGAAUACAUGCGCAGUGCGGCUUCGGAACAAAUAAAGGUGAACUCCGGACUACAUGUGCUCCUCAUACAACUUCUUGCACAAGAACAACGAUAUUACGAGCUGUGGCAGCUCGUCAUCGGCAAGGUACUACCCCCGUCAAGACCAGUUGCCAUCCAGCUUCUAGAAACUGGUGCGCAACACGAGUCGACAAGGAAAUUGGGAAUGGACAUGCUAAGGCAGAUACAUGGGCAUACAGAGUACAUCAAAGAGCUGUUACUAGAAGGUCGUAUACUGGAGGGACUACGCUACGUCCGUCAAAAUAAGGUGGAUUCCGUGGCUCCUGCGUCAUUUUUGGAAGCUGCUAUCUCUUCAAAUGAUCCACAAAUGCUGGCAUCUGUGUUCAGGUUCUGUUUAGACUUCGUGCCCAACUUUUCCCAUACACCCGAUUUCACUAUGUACUCAUCUAUAGUGAGUCAGCAGUGCUCCACCUCCGCAUGAUGAUUACUUAAGCGAUUGUUUAUAGGAUUAUACAGUAAAAUGGAGUCUUUCUUGAAAUGAAGGACAUCUCUUAGUGGGCAAAGUAGGAUCUUGGAGAGUUUGUUGAAAGCUCUUCUGUAAAAAAAAAUUCAUAUCUACAAGUAAAGAUGAGAACUAACAAACCAUGACUCCUGUCUUUGACACCUUC